UACAAAACAUUUAAGAUUGCACACUGCUCCCCACUUGUGUAGAUUAGAUUAGGUUGUCCCACAGAGUCACUAUUACUUUGAUUACUCUGAUGUUGAAUUGGGGUUUCAUCUACUCAUCACGAUGGCUUUUACCUGUCUACUUCCCUCUUUCUUCAAUCUUAAUUCUUCUCCACCAGCUUUAGCCUUUUUUUCUCUUUAUUGCUUGCUACUCUUCAACUAACUUUUUUUUUUUUGGGGACUUUUUUAACUGCUACGUUAAUACACGGAGUCUGUUCCUCGUUUUGGUGGUUUUUUCCAGGUUUGUCGGUUCUUCUUGCCAAUGGUUUUGGACAAAAAAAAAAGGGUUUUAAAUUGGUGGUUUUAUAAUUUUUUUCAGUGUGUGUUUGGUUAAUCUAAUUGCCGAGUGUUAAUUAAACCUUGUAAUUUGCAAAGCUGUAACAAUCCGGGGGACCUGAGAUUUCAAGAAACUGCUGAUAAUUGAGUCUCACCAUCUGACAUUCAACUCAUAGUAACCUUAUAGGUAAAGAGGACAUGAUGAGAGAGGCGCACCAAAGCACUCACACCGUGAGGUCCCAUGGAAUGACACUCGCAAGAACUCACAUGCAUGACUGGAUCAUACUCGUACUACUUGUUAUCCUCGAGUGCAUCCUCCUCAUAAUCCACCCGUUCUACCGCUUUGUCGGUAAAGACAUGAUGACUGAUCUAAGCUACCCUCUAAAGAGCAACACCGUACCUAUCUGGUCUGUCCCGGUCUAUGCGAUGCUGCUGCCACUGGCGAUCUUCAUCUUCAUCUACUUCCGUAGAAGAGACGUAUACGAUCUUCACCACGCGGUGCUAGGUCUGUUGUACUCUGUUCUGGUGACGGCUGUGCUUACUGAUUCGAUAAAGAACGCAGUUGGUAGACCGCGUCCUGACUUCUUCUGGCGUUGUUUUCCUGAUGGCAAAGCUGUUUAUGAUGCUCUCGGAGAUGUGAUAUGUCAUGGUGAUAAAAGUGUUAUAAGGGAAGGGCACAAGAGCUUCCCAAGCGGACACACUUCAUGGUCUUUCGCGGGACUAGGGUUCUUGUCGCUGUACUUAUCAGGGAAGAUUCGAGCGUUUGAUGGUAAAGGACACGUUGCGAAGCUGUGCAUUGUCAUACUCCCUUUGCUAGUUGCAGCUCUUGUUGGUAUCUCCCGUGUGGAUGAUUAUUGGCAUCACUGGCAAGACGUCUUUGCUGGAGGCUUGCUAGGUAUUGUGGUUUCUACGUUCUGUUAUCUUCAAUUCUUCCCGCCACCAUAUCGCACUGAAGCUUGGGGACCAUAUGCUUACUUCCUUGUGUUGGAGGCAGCACGAGCUCAAGCUCAAGCAGCAGAGAAUGAAAUGGCGCAACGACCGCCUCAGGGAGAUAACGGUGAAGAGGAAGACGGUGGGUUUAUGGGACUACAUUUGGUGGAUAAUCCGAGUAUGAGAAGAGAAGAAGCAGAUGUAGAAGCUGGUAGAGUGCCGUCUAGAGGCUGAGAUUAUACAGAAUCACUGAAGCUGGUUUGGUUGAAGCUUAGGACACUUUUGUCUUGUUCUAUACAUUCUUUUGUUUGCUUUUGGUGUUUGGUUUACUGGUUAUACCCCGGUUUUUGUUAAAGUUUACUGCUUUUAAUUUGUUCAGUUCAGUUUAAUCGAACCAAAUGUUAAAGCCAAAA